UGCUGCACCAGACUGCUCCAGCAUGGCCUCCUACAGCUCCUCUGCCCACACCACCUCCUCCUACCGCCGCAACUUCGGCCACGGCACCUACGCCUCGCCCUCCCUCAACCGCUCCCUACUGGGCCACAGCGGCGGCGCCGGCAGUCACGUCAGCUCCAGGGUGUAUGAAAUGACCCGGACCAGCUCGGCACCAGCCUACCGAGUCUCCUCAGGCUACCAUGGCAGGCCACUGGUGACAUCACGGGCAUCUGUUGGCCGCUCCUACACCGGCAUGGGUGAAACGCUGGACUUCAGCCUGGCAGACGCCCUCAACCAGGAGUUCCUCACGACUCGGACCAAUGAGAAGGCGGAGCUUCAGCACCUGAAUGACCGCUUUGCCAGCUACAUUGAGAAGGUGCGUUUCCUGGAGCAGCAGAACCAGGCCCUGACGGUGGAGGUGGAGCGACUGCGCGGCCGUGAGCCAACGCGCAUCGCGGAUCUCUACGAGGAGGAGAUGAGCGAGCUGAGGAGGCAGGUGGACAUCCUGACCAAUCAGAGGUCAAGGGUGGAGGUGGAGAGGGACAACCUGGCCGAUGACCUGGACAAGCUUAAACUCAGACUCCAGGAAGAGAUUCUUCAGAAAGAGGAAGCAGAGAAUAACUUGGCUGCGUUCAGAGCGGAUGUCGACGCCGCCACGCUGGCUCGCCUGGACUUGGAACGACGUAUCGAGACCCUGCAGGAGGAGAUUGCCUUCCUGAAGAAGAUCCAUGAAGAGGAGAUCCGUGAACUACAGGCUCAAAUGCAGGAGACUCAGGUCCAGAUCCAGAUGGACAUGUCCAAACCAGAUCUGACAGCAGCGCUGCGAGACAUCAGAGCCCAGUACGAAGGCAUCGCCGCCAAGAACAUCGCAGACGCUGAAGACUGGUACAAGUCAAAGGUGUCUGACCUGAACCAAGCAGUGAGUAAAAACAACGAGGCGCUGAAGCAGGCCCGGCAGGAGACCAUGGAGUUCCGACACCAGAUCCAGGCGUACACCUGCGAGAUCGACUCCCUCAAAGGAACCAACGAGUCACUGAUGAGGCAGAUGCGGGACAUGGAGGACCGGCACGGUCGUGAUGCCGGCGGCUACCACGACACCAUCGCCCGGCUGGAGGCGGAGAUCGCCAACAUGAAAGACGAGAUGGCGCGUCACCUCCGCGAGUACCAGGACCUGCUCAAUGUCAAGAUGGCGCUGGAUGUGGAGAUCACCACCUACAGGAAAUUGCUGGAAGGAGAGGAGAGCAGGAUUGCCUUACCUGUGCACAGCUACUCCAGCCUGAGUUUCCGAGAAACCAGCCCAGAGCAGCAGCAGCGCUCCUCUGAGACACAUUCAAAGAAAACUGUCCUCAUCAAGACCAUCGAGACCCGAGACGGAGAGGUGGUCAGCGAGUCGACGCAGCACCAGGAGGACGUCAUGUAACUGAAGAAGACAAGAAAAACCCAAAAC